AUGCCUCUCUUACCACUCUUUACAUCCUCAUAUCAUAUCUCCAACCCAUUCAUUGGAAUAUCUGUACUUAUCUGUACUCUCAUUACCUACACACUCGUCAAGAUGUUCGGAUUCACUCGUAAGAACGAGUUUCAAGUCGAAGGCCGUACCGUGAUCAUCACUGGUGGUUCUGAUGGUAUGGGCCGAGCUGUCGCCGGCCAACUUGCCGGAAAAGGUGCCCACGUCGUUGUUGUUGCACGUACUGCUUCCAAGCUUCAGGCAACUGUUGAAGAGCUUCGGGCCAAGGCGUUGAAUACUCUCAAGCAGCGCUUCCUGUAUAUCUGUGCCGACCUCACUGAUGCUACUGAGUGUGACCGAGUCAUCGCCGAAGUUACCGCCUGGAAUGACGGCUCUGCUCCUGAUGUUGUCUGGUGCUGUGCGGGAUUCUGCCACCCCGGCUUCUUCAUUGAUGUGCCGAUCGAGGUUCAGCGACAGCAGAUGGACACCGUCUACUGGACUGCAGCCAAUAUGGCUCAUGCCACUCUUCGCAACUGGCUGUCUCCUAUUCCUCCCAGUGGCCAAAUGAGAAAUGCACGCCGACACCUCAUCUUCACUUGCUCUACCCUUGCAUUUGUUCCCAUCGCUGGAUACGGGCCUUACUCUCCCGCCAAGGCUGCCAUUCGCUCCUUGUCCGAUACUCUCAGCCAGGAGAUUGAGAUGUAUAAUGGAGCCUACACCCAACGACACCGCAACACAGCUCCAGCCGCCGAUGUCAAGAUCCACACCGUCUUCCCAAUGGGGAUUCUCAGCCCUGGAUUUGACAACGAGCAAAAAAUCAAACCUGAGCUGACCAAGACUCUCGAAGAGUCCGACAAACCCCAAACCCCUGAGGAGGUCGCACAGUGUGCCAUCAACGCUCUGGAACGCGGCGAGUACUUGAUUACCACCAUGUUUGUCGGAAACGUCAUGAAGGGAACUGCUCUUGGUCCCAGCCCUCGCAAUAGCAUCCUUGGAGAUACCCUCAUGAGCUGGCUGAGCAAUUUAGUGUUCCUCCAGGUCAUCCCGGACCUUCGAAGCAAGGCAUUCAACUGGGGCAAGACAAACGGUCUGCCUCAGCAAAUGUGCGCAGAUGCUGAUGAGACCGUCGACGAUGACAAUUAA